UAACCUAACCUGACCUUCCUUGACGAUUACGUAAAACAGCUGUAGAAAGGCUACUUCGAGUUGAGAUUCUUCCGAGUGAUCGAGGGCGUAAAUAAUAAUUACAAAACUCGGGGCAUUGUUUAUCACCGGUGCCCGUCAUGCUAGAGCACGAUAACAUCGGUUACAUGAAAUGGGGGUCGCCCAUGUUCAAGGGGCCCUUCACGGACCUCUUCCUCAACGUGCGCACUUUGCAAUUCCACAAGGAAUGCGCCCAAUACGAACUGCAGUACGUCGACUGCAUGGAGGCGUACGGCUAUCACAGGGGCAAGGAGAAGUGCAGGCUGAUACUCGAGGACAUGUACGAAUGCGUGUUUAAGGUCAAGAGGAUGCGGCGCGUCAUGAUGAUGGCGAAGGAGCGACAUCGCCAGUUCAACAAUGGCGAGAGGACGAACGAGUUCGAGGAGACACCGCCGCUCGACCUUUAUUAAAUCGCGCGCGCCUCUUCUCGCCGGGAGGAUGCUAUAGUUUUACGUUGUGCGUAAAAUGUAUCGGACUGAAAGGUUUAACGGAAGCGUGUUGCCCAUAGAAAACCCGUCGCAUCAGCUCGUUACUUGGACAGUCCUGUCUUUCUUUUCCUGCCAAUGUUUCUCGAGGAGAAGUACAUUCAAGAGUCGCAACCUUUCUCCGAAUAUUUUCGCUAUCUUAAGAUAUUCGAUAUCCAAAGUAAGCUUGUCAAUCCGCGUAGAACUGUGGCAAGGACGUAGCUCAGAGUAUCCGCUGGAUAUUCAAUUUGUAAAGAUAUUGUUACAAUGUGUAUUCUGGUGAAAAUACAGCGAAAUUUUGCGGGAAUGUAUUUGAAAAUCUCUGUCAAUUGACCUAGAUUCGUCAAUAUUAUGAAACAAAUUUAAUAAAGAUAUAUUUCAGCAACUUCUCACU